AACGCAAACGUUAACGCGGACAAUAUGAGGGCUGUGAGUUUUGUUAAGAGGCUACAGUGGGAUUUACCUGGCACCGUGUGUAGACACGGAUUAACAAUAGGAGACGUUGAUAAUGACGGAGAUAACGAAUUAGUCGUUGGUACGGCAGAGGGAGAACUUUAUAUUUUCAAAGGGUCCGAGUUAUGGCAAAAAAUACCUGGCUUAGGUCUCGUCACUAGCGUAGCGGUAGGAGAUAUUUUUAAUUAUGGACGAAAUGCGUUAGUUGUAAUUUGCGGAGAUGGUUGGGCACAUAUUUUCUAUAGUCCAAGAUCCGUUAAUCCUAGUAUCAGUAAUACAACUUUCGCGCAGCAGUCAACUAAGGAAACUAUCGAUCACGAAAAUAUUAAGAGCAGUAAGUUCAAAAAUUUCUUCGAUUAUUUCGAUUAUUUCGAUUAUUCGAUGAAUACGAUAGACUUUACAAGCAUGGAUUUAAUGGCAGACGUUAAUACGACCAGUUCCCCAAGUUCGGAUCAAAUCGAUGGCACUAACGAGAUCAAUGAGCUGUCCGGUAAAAUGGAAUGCGUGCACGUACAAAGAAUUCCAACGAACACAAAAGUGGUUUUGGUAGCAGACGUGGAUAAGGAUGGCGCAAAUGAGAUGAUACUUGGUUUAACCGAUCGCGUAGUUAGAUCUUACAGAUGGUCCAGCAAUCUAGAGUUAGGAAGAGGAAAGUUAGUCGGAUUGAACAAGUGGGAAUGUGCCAAUCAGAUAGGAACAGUCACGUUGCAGCACAUGGCUGAUGGAACGCCAACAUUGUUAGUUGCUCAACCCGGUGGAACGUUCAUGCGAAUUAAAUGUAACGCCGAAGAUUGUCACUCGGAAGACGGAAUUCAUCGAACAAAUAACGAAACGGCGGCGAGUUGCGUGGAUUAUCAAACUCUGGGAAUAUCGCGAAUGCGUAAUCAAAAUAUUUCAACAGAAAUCAUAGGAGAUUUAGAAUCUACGGUAGAGAAACAAGAGGUUUCGAGCGAACAUGAACGCGGAAGAAACGUAAAAUCCGCUACGAACGAUUCACGGUCGGAGUUGCGUAAAGAUAACUUCUCGGACGCGACAGGGGAACGAACGAGCAAACUUUUCCAAUGCACCGAAUCUCUCGGUACGGAUGAAGUUGAUGGGAAUAUUUUGGGUGGCAACGUGAUUCUUGGCGAUUACGACGAGAAACCGGAAAAAGAUUCCUUAUUACCCAUGUACAAAGACUUUUCUCCCGAAGACAUGAACGACAAUAAUAAUAUAGAGAGUUUCAAAUCGAAAGAUAGAGCGGAUUGUGAGGCGAACGUCGAGGAAGAUUCAUCGUCGCAAGGAAAACCUUAUGCUCUUGCUACGUUGGACGGCACGAUAAUGUUGGUCAAAGACGAAAUCAUUUUGUGGUCCAUGCAAGUAGCUCAUCAGAUAUUCGCUUUAUGUCGAUUAGACGUAACCGGUGACGGAACCGACGAGAUAAUUGCUUGCGCUUGGGACGGGCAAACUUAUAUUUUGGAUCAGAAACGAAACAGCGUACGUUUUCAAUUCGAAGAGCCGGUCAGAGCGUUCUGCACCGGUAAUUACAACGUCACGCCUGGAGUUUCGACGCCUUGCCUCGUGUACAACACCUUCAACAAUAAGAUCUAUCUCUACUACGACGUAACGCUUCCAAGUAUGGUUACCAAACCAUUGAACCCUUUCGAAGAAUUGGAUCCUGAAGAAAAGAAAACAUUGGACGAUCUUUUAGGCAAUUGUAGCGACACGGAGAGACAACAAAAGAUGCAGCAAUUAACGGAGUGGCUGUUGUACGGAAUGUCUUGAGAUUUAUACAGUCCAUAAGAUAAUAUUGUA